GAUCCCGGAAGUGGUUGCGGGGCAGCUCCGCGGAGGCGCGGGGUUGUUAGUGUUCUGUGGCUUUUUGGCCUCUACCGGGUUCCCAGCCACCGCCGCCAUGGGGAAGCGACAGCACCAGAAGGACAAGAUGUACAUUACCUGUGCUGAAUAUACUCACUUCUAUGGUGGCAAGAAACCAGAUAUCCCACAAACAAAUUUUCGACGUUUACCUUUUGACCACUGCAGUCUCUCUCUGCAGCCCUUCGUCUACCCGGUCUGUACCCCAGAAGGCGUCGUCUUUGACUUGCUGAAUAUUGUUCCUUGGCUUAAGAAGUAUGGAACCAACCCUAGCAAUGGAGAGAAACUGGAUGGGAGGUCUCUAAUCAAACUGAAUUUUGCAAAGAACAGUGAAGGAAAGUACCAUUGCCCUGUGCUGUACACAGUGUUCACCAACAACACACACAUUGUGGCUGUGAGAACCACUGGCAACGUCUAUGCCUACGAGGCCGUGGAGCAGCUCAAUAUCAAAGCCAAGAACUUCCGAGACCUGCAAACAGAUGAGCCCUUCACCCGUCAGGACAUCAUUACCCUCCAGGAUCCCACCAAUCUGGACAAAUUCAACGUCUCCAAUUUCUUUCAUGUUAAGAAUAACAUCAAGAUGAUAGACCCAGAUGAAGAAAAGGCCAGACAGGACCCAUCUUACUAUUUAAAAAAUACAAAUGCUGAGACUAGAGAGACCCUGCAAGAGCUCUACAAGGAGUUCAAGGGGGAUGAGAUCCUGGCAGCCACCAUGAAGGCUCCUGAGAAAAAGAAGGUGGACAAAUUGAAUGCCGCUCACUACUCCACCGGGAAGGUCAGCGCCUCCUUCACCUCCACUGCCAUGGUUCCUGAGACCACACAUGAAGCAGCCGCCAUUGAUGAGGACGUACUACGCUACCAGUUUGUGAAGAAGAAGGGCUACGUGCGGCUGCACACCAACAGGGGCGACCUCAACCUGGAGCUGCACUGUGACAUGACACCAAAAACCUGUGAAAACUUCAUAAAGCUCUGUAAGAAGCAGUAUUACGACGGCACCAUCUUCCACAGAUCCAUCAGGAACUUUGUGAUCCAGGGUGGCGACCCCACUGGCACAGGCACAGGUGGGGAGUCAUACUGGGGAAAACCCUUCAAAGAUGAGUUCCGGCCCAACCUCUCACACACUGGUCGGGGUAUCCUCAGCAUGGCCAACUCAGGACCCAACAGCAAUAAGUCUCAGUUCUUCAUCACCUUUCGCUCUUGCGCUUACUUGGACAAGAAGCACACCAUCUUUGGGAGGGUUGUUGGAGGCUUUGACACACUGACUGCCAUGGAAAAUGUGGAGAGUGACCCCAAAACUGACCGCCCUAAGGAGGAGAUCCGCAUUAACUCCACCACUGUCUUUGUGGACCCUUACGACGAGGCAGAUGCUCAGAUUGCCGAGGAACGAAACAAGACAGAGGUCAAGGAGGAGCCGCUCGAGAGCACAGUAAAGGCAGGGAGCCAGCCCAAGGCGGGGAACCAGGGCCCCCAGACAUACCGGCAGGGAGUGGGCAAGUACAUCAACCCGGCAGCCACGAAACGUGCAGCAGAGGAGGAAUCAUCAACCAGUGCAGCUCCCCCCGUGGCCAAGAAGAAGCCUAGCCGAGGGUUUGGGGACUUCAGCUCGUGGUAGAACUAACUGGGAGCUUGUGCCAGUCUGGCCUCCAUUCUGACCUGGACACCACUACUUGGGCUCCCAAAGUGCCUCUGCAGGGAGGCGUGGGAAGUGUCACUGGCCACUCCAUACACCAAUGUCUGUCGUCCUGGGGUCACUCCCUCGAGCUCAUCAACACUGAAAUCUUUUAGGCUCCUUUUCCUGUGCUCUAAACCUCAAAUUCACCAACAGGCCUCAGCUGCUGUCAAUUCCACACUGCACCUCGACUCUCUUCCAUCUCUGAUGCUGAAAUCCCAGCCUGGAGAUUCUCUGCUUCUAUCCAGGGAACUAACACCACAGGCACUGCAGCUUAUUGGUCUACUACGUCAUCUUGCUUUGGGCCCCUCCCUUCCCACCAGACUGAGAAUGAGAUCUGGGAUUGAGAGUGACCUCCUAGGCCUCUACACUAGGCCUCCUCACGCUGUCUCUACUGCCACCCCUUCCAGCUAGAUGUCAAAUGCACUUGUGAAAGGCACAUGGCAGAGGGUGUGCUGGUGGGCAGAUAGAUAAAGUCAUGGCUUCUUGGAGGAAACAUGACAUUAGAAGCUUUAUUUUGAAACCUCACACAGACAGGAAGGCCUGAGGCCUGAACACAGAGAGCUGAGAGACGUGAGAGUGGCUACCAGGCUGGCGCCACCAGACGAAGCUUCAGGUCAGCCCCGUGCUGCUGUCCACUAUGUCCAGCCUCAACUCUCAGCAACACCGCCUGCUGAGGGAGGUUGCAGUGCCAUGAGCUGCCUCACGUCGGGAAGACUGGCCUGCCCAGGGCCCUCCACAAGGAAAGCUUUCCAUUUUUGUAGGUGGUUUGGGAGUUUAAAUUGUAGGGUUUUUUUCUAGGUAUUAAAACUACUUGGAUACUGUUAAGUACCUGGUGGGGUUCAUCAGGUAAAUUAAAGAACUUUUGAAAAAAUUCA